UUAACUAACCGAUUCAGUUGUACAAGUUUUGGACAGGGUUUCUCCGGUUCGGCUAGCAUUGGAAAUGAAUGUCCCCUUUUGUUUUGAAUUAAAUUAGUUCUCACGACAAACUAAAUAUGGUAUUCUGAGUUAUGCAAGCGUUAAUUAUUUUCCCUACCGGAGGGAAACAAAGCGCACAGUGUUUCGUUAACGCACGCAGUCAGCGAAGGAUUUAGAUUGCGAAAGGAUUUGGUCAAAAGUGGUUUGUGAAGUUGCUGUAUUCAGUAUAAUAAUUUUCUUAAUUUUAUACUUGAGCUCGAAAAAACUGAUCAUGGCUGAAGAUAAUUCUUGGGUGUUUGAUUCGUUGGUUUGUUUUCUGCAUGGUCCCGUUUGGAAUGCACCUUUGCAAACCUUCAUCGAAGAUAAGUCGAUAAUUUUUGAUCCCAACAUCAAACUUGAGGAAGACAACCCCGAGUUUCGGAAGGUACACGACGAGUACAAGAAUUUAGUGGAUUACAUGCUUGGCUCGUUUAUGGAGGAAAUGCAAAUUACGCCGGAACAGUUUGAGUUCGCUUGCUUGGAGGGUCGUAAUACCGCGGUGAUGUCGCAGGCUUCCGAUAAUCCUGCCGAAGGCGAGCAUGCUAAAGGAAGGAACACUUUCUCCUUUCAUCAAGGGCUGUUUCAGCAGAUUUGGGCUGCCAACGAUAUUCGGAUCUUCAUACGCUUGAUGACGCAGCGCAAUGUCGAAAUUCAACUGCAAGCGUUGGAUUUGAUUGAGCGAAGACAGGCAUCGCUGGGUGGAUCGUCCGAUAAGGCUGAAGGAAAUACGCAGCAGCCUAGCAAUGUUGACGAGGAACAGGAAGUUAUUGCAGUCGAUGUGGAGAAUACGAAUGAGUCAAUAACUGAUGUGGAAAUUGAAAAGGAUAUUAUCAAAUCUGUGGAAGACGAGGUCAAGGAGAACCCUGCAAUCGAAGCGUUGCCAAUUGCAACCGUGGAUGAAGCUGUCGUGGAUACUGGCGAUAAAUUUCAGAGGCUCAAUUUGUUCUUCGAUCAGGAUAAGAUCAACUCGGAAGACAUGCACGCACGCCAGGAAUAUCUCCGAACGCAGCGCGACAAGAUCCUCCAGAUAAAAAAGCAGGCCCGAGCUCGUCAACUGAAUGAAACCAUAAAGAAAAAUGAGCGACCUGCUUCGGCCCAAGUGGCUCAGAAAAUUCUCGAGAACGGGACAGUUGACGGUUCCAUCGUUCUAUCGGAACCACCAGAAUCAUCGCUCCAGCUGCGCAAGGUGUUGGCUCAGCGAUUACGGGACGAGGUCAUCGAACGUGAGUAACUGCGGGAUAAAAUGCGAAAAUCCUUGAUGUUUCAUACCUUUACGUUGACUUCACGGAGGCGGGACGUUGGUAUGUGUAACACACUUAAUAGAAUUGCUUGAUAAUAAGUUUUGAUAUUGCUAACAGCUCAUGAAAUUUAACUUAUUCUUGGAGAAAUGAUACUUGUUUUAUUCAGAGCACAGAGAAUUU